AUGAAUCAGACCGAACAUAUUGUAACCGAGUUUGUCUACUGCCUUAUUAUCAGCGGUGGCAAGAUGACCACGCCUGUUCUUUACUAUCUGCCCCCGAGUCCCCCUUGCCGCAGCAUUCUGCUGCUGGCCAAAAUGCUGGGAUUGGACUUUGAGCUGAAGAUCGUCAACAUACUUGAGGGGGAGCAGCUAAAACCGGACUUUGUGGCCAUGAAUCCUCAACACUGUCUGCCCACAAUGAACGAUGAGGGUCUGGUGCUCUGGGAGAGUCGUGCUAUUCUCUCUUAUCUGGUGGCUGCCUAUGGCAAAAGUGAUGAGCUCUAUCCUACGGAUAUACGAGUUCGAGCUCUGGUGGAUCAGCGUCUUCAGUUCGACCUGGGCACACUUUACCAGCGACUAACUGACUACUAUUUCCCAACCAUGUUUAUUGGCGCUCCGCUGGACGAGGGCAAACGAGCCAGGUUAACAGAAGCUGUUGGCUGGUUGAAUGCCAUUUUGGAGGGACGCGAAUUUUCUGCCGCUGAUCAUUUUACCAUUGCGGAUUUAUCCUUGCUGGUCACCGUCUCGCAACUGGAAGCCUUUGGACUUGAGCUGAAACCCUAUAAACAUGUCAGACAAUGGCUAGAACGUUGCAAGGAUCACAUGGCUCCCUACGACUAUGAGGAACUCAAUGCCAGCAAAGCCAUGUUGUUGGCCGACAUGUUUAAGGCCAAAAUGAACCUGACAGCUGAAUCAUAAUUACAAUCAAGAAUUAUAAAAUGUUUUGUGAGUUACUUUGUAUUUAAUAAAUAUCAAUUUAUUGUUGU